UUGAUGAUAAAAGUAGAAAAAGUAUAUUUAUUUAUAUAAACACCGAUGAACAAAUAACGACCUCCACCGAUUCUCUCUCUCUCUCUCUCUCUCUUUCACUUGCAGUGUGUCGCUUUGCUGCCUUCAUUCUCAUUUCACACGAAGAUUAAAAAAAGUUGGUCUCUUUCCUAAUUUAGAAGAGUGAUAAACCAAUCCCAGAUCCGAGUCUCUCUCCCCAUCUCCUUCUUUCUCUCUUUUGAAUAACACACUGCGGUUUUUUGCCUUUGAGAUCUGUCAUUGUCUCUUCCAAAUCUAGAACCUUUACUUGGGUUGUAACAGAUUCAAAUAUCUGUAACUAGUGAGAAAUCAUCAAUUUUUAAAGCUGAAGUCUUCACUUAGUAGUCUGCAUCCUUUAACUCGGAACGUUGGGUCUCCGUUUGGCUUUAUCUCAAAUAAGAAGGCAAUGAAAGGAAGAUCAGAUGGAGGGCAAAAGAAGCGGGUGAUUGCUUUGGUUUGCGUUGCAGCGGUAGUUCUUGUUUUCGUAUAUCUGUUCUACGGCUCUUCUGAUCAUAGAGCAUCGGCUAUCGAAUACGGGAGAAAACUCGGGUUAGGUGGGGAUGAUGAUGAUACUAAACAGGAUGACACUUCUAGCUCAUUUGGUGUUGAUGAUGGUUUCACUCCGAGAAGUUUUCCUGUGUGUGAUGAUCGACAUUCGGAGCUUAUUCCUUGCUUAGAUAGGAAUCUUAUAUACCAAAUGAGAUUGAAGCUGGAUUUGUCUUUGAUGGAGCAUUAUGAACGUCAUUGUCCUCCUCCUGAGAGACGAUUCAAUUGCUUGAUUCCGCCUCCUAAUGGAUAUAAGGUUCCGAUUAAAUGGCCAAAAAGCAGAGAUGAAGUGUGGAAAGUGAACAUACCUCAUACUCAUCUUGCACAUGAGAAGUCUGACCAAAACUGGAUGGUUGUCAAAGGAGAUAAGAUUAAUUUCCCUGGUGGAGGCACACAUUUUCAUUAUGGUGCUGAUAAGUAUAUUGCAUCGAUGGCAAAUAUGCUUAACUAUCCUAACAACGUGCUGAACAACGGUGGAAGGCUAAGGACGGUUUUCGAUGUUGGUUGUGGUGUUGCGAGUUUUGGAGGUUAUCUUUUAUCAUCGGAUAUUCUCACAAUGUCCUUGGCUCCAAAUGAUGUGCAUCAGAACCAAAUCCAAUUUGCUCUUGAGAGAGGGAUUCCUGCCUCCCUCGGUGUUUUAGGGACAAAGAGGCUCCCAUACCCAAGCAGAUCUUUUGAACUUUCUCACUGUUCACGUUGCAGAAUCGAUUGGCUACAAAGAGACGGGAUUCUUCUUCUCGAGCUAGACAGAGUACUUAGACCUGGUGGUUAUUUUGCAUAUUCAUCUCCAGAGGCAUAUGCACAAGAUGAAGAGGAUCUUAGAAUCUGGAGAGAAAUGAGUGCUCUUGUGGAGCGCAUGUGUUGGAAGAUCGCGGCAAAAAGGAAUCAAACUGUUAUUUGGCAGAAACCUUUGACAAAUGAUUGUUAUCUAGAAAGAGAACCUGGAACUCAGCCUCCUCUUUGCCGUUCUGAUAAUGACCCUGAUGCUGUGUGGGGCGUAAACAUGGAAGCUUGCAUUACUUCUUACAGUGACCAUGACCACAAAACCAAGGGAAGUGGAUUAGCUCCAUGGCCAGCUCGGUUAACCUCUCCUCCUCCCAGACUUGCUGAUUUUGGAUAUUCAACGGGCAUGUUUGAGAAGGACACGGAACUUUGGAGGCAGAGAGUAGAUACUUAUUGGGAUCUCUUGAGUCCAAGAAUCGAAUCAGAUACAGUGAGGAACAUAAUGGACAUGAAAGCAAGCAUGGGCUCUUUUGCUGCUGCUCUGAAAGAAAAAGAUGUCUGGGUAAUGAAUGUUGUUCCUGAGGACGGACCUAACACGCUUAAACUGAUAUAUGACAGAGGUUUAAUGGGCGCGGUUCAUAGCUGGUGUGAAGCAUUCUCGACAUAUCCAAGGACAUAUGAUCUCCUCCAUGCUUGGGAUAUUAUAUCGGAUAUCAAGAAAAAAGGAUGUAGUGAAGUGGAUUUGUUACUGGAGAUGGAUCGAAUACUGCGCCCGAGCGGGUUUAUAAUCAUAAGGGAUAAACAAAGAGUGGUGGAUUUUGUGAAGAAGUAUCUAAAGGCAUUGCAUUGGGAAGAAGUAGGUACCAAGACAGACUCAGAUUCAGAUCAAGAUUCAGACAAUGUUGUAUUCAUUGUCCAGAAGAAGCUGUGGUUGACUAGUGAAAGCCUUAGAGAUAUGGAGUGAUGAGUAAGCCACACGAUACACAAAAAUUACGACCAAUGAUCAUACAACCAACAAAUUUCAUUAUUGUAGUAGCAACAUUAUUUAUUAACGUUGUUUUUAAUUUUUUUAAUUAUUGUAUCUUUCUUACAUUCUUAUAAGUGAUGUUGUUUGUAUGAUUUUGGUAGAGAAGAGAAGACACGUAUAAGUAAAGAACGAUAGAUUCUUUUGAUAAGAAUUGAAACCAUGAGACAUGGAAAUCUCUCAUGUGAGGUUUAGCGACUGAAAAUAGUCGGACAGGUGUUGCUUUGUUUUCCGCGUUCACCGGAAGUGCGAAUCUCCGAGGUGCGGUUGUGGUGGUGGUUCCAGCUUCUCCUCCUUUGCCUUCGACCUCCAUUUUUGUGAGCUUUGUGAAGGUUCGAUAGAAUUUGGGAGGUUUGGGGUUUAAGAAUGAGGAAUCUCAGGUUGAGGUUAUGAAUCUGUGACAUUUUCAUGGAUGUGUGGUCUUGUGAAGCGUUGAGGUAAUCAUGUUUUUUAUUUAUUUUUGGAUUUUGGAUGCUAUCUUUUUCCUUUUAAUGCGAUGGUAUAAAAAAAUCCUUCAAUU